AUGGCCAAGCUACUGGGUUUCAUCUCACUGGCUCUCCUGCUGCACGUGCAGCUGGGAUCCUCCUACAUCCUGUCCUGUUACUUCACCAACUGGGCACAGUACAGACCGGGAGCUGGGAAGUACUUCCCCACCAAUGUGGACCCAUGUCUCUGUGACCACCUGAUCUAUGCCUUUGCCAAUAUGAACAACAAUGAGAUUGCAGCCUAUGAAUGGGAUGAUGUGAAGCUCUACAAGGAAUUCGCAGCCCUGAAAAGCCAGAACAGCAACCUGAAGACCCUCUUGGCUAUUGGUGGCUGGAACUUUGGGACGGCAAAAUUCACCACCAUGGUGUCCAGCGCUGCUAACCGCCAGACCUUCAUCAACUCUGUGAUCCAGUUCCUGAGGGAAUACAACUUUGAUGGUCUGGACAUCGACUGGGAGUACCCCGGAUCCAGAGGAAGCCCUCCUCAGGACAAGGAGCUCUUCACCACACUGACCCAGGAAAUGUUGGCUGCCUUUGAGGCUGAAGGUCAGAAGACCAACCGCCCCCGUCUCAUGCUGACUGCUGCUGUGGCUGCUGGCAAGAGCACCAUCGACAGUGGAUACCAAAUUGCCCAGCUUGGCCAGACCUUGGACUACUUCCAUGUCAUGACCUAUGACUUCCAUGGAUCAUGGGAGCAACAAACUGGUGAGAACAGCCCCCUGUUCAAAGGACCUGCUGACCAAGCAUCUUACAUCUACUUCAAUGUGGACUAUGCCAUGAACUACUGGAAGAGCCAGGGUGCCCCUGCUUCCAAGCUUCUGGUUGGCUUCGCCACCUAUGGCCACACCUUCAGGCUNCUAGCAAAACACUAG